AUGGAGGCGGCGCAGGCGGUUCUGGCGGCGUUCGACACGUCGCUGUCGCGGCAGUGGCGCGACGAGGACCGCCGCUGGCGCGCGGAGGACCGCGAGUGGCGCGCGGACGACCUGGCGUUCCGCGAGGAGGAGCGCCGAUGGUUCGGGGAAGAGGCGGAAAUGCGGAGCGCGGAAAUAAGGUGGAGGGAGGAAGACAUAAACCAACGCCACGUGGACAAUGCAAGAUACCUUUGGGCCAGGUUUGUCGAGAAGAACCGGCGGGAUGUGGAGGAGAAAUCGGAGCAGCUUAAAGCGAUUUCGAACCUUGCAGCACUGUUUGCUGGCUUCGCUGUAGUCACACUCACGCAGUUCCAAGUCACCCUCGACACCUCCCCUUUGUGGAUCAUCGCUCUAUACGGCAUCCUCACUGCCAUCUCGGUGUGUCUACACACGGUGGCCAUGGUGCAGUGCACGCUCAUCAUGGGCAGUGGAGGGAGGGCGAGGGGUGCACUGAUACUCUACUGCCUGCUGCCUGCCUGCUUCUCUACUCCCCUCUCCCUACUCCCACUUCAGGUCUGCCUGCACACAGUGGCCAUGGUGCAGUGCACGCUCAUCAUGGGCAGCAUAUUGAAGAAUGGCAAGGCCUACGUGGACGAGGACGCCGAGGAGGAGUUCAUGUUCCGCUGCCUGCUCUUCGUGCGCUCCUUCUCAUUGGGAGACAGGCCUCCCGCACCACGUCGCACGUUUGAGGCUUUCUGGGAGUACAGGUGUAAAGAUGACUGGCGCAAGGCAUUCAACUACUUCACAUGGGGUAUGUCUCCCCUCCCGGACCCUAUAGGGUGUGAAGAUGACUGGUGCAAGGCAUUCAACUGCUUCACAUGGGGUGGGUGGCGCAAGGCAUCUCUUUUAUCAGGUGGGUGGCGCAAGGCAUCUCUUUUAUCAGGUGGGUGGCGCAAGGCAUCUCUUUUAUCAGGUGGGUGGCGCAAGGCAUCUCUUUUAUCAGGUGGGUGGCGCAAGGCAUCGCUUUUAUCAGGUGGGUGGCGCAAGGCAUCGCUUUUAUCAGGUGGGUGGCGCAAGGCAUCUCUUUUAUCAGGUGGGUGGCGCAAGGCAUCGCUUUUAUCAGGUGGGUGGCGCAAGGCAUCUCUUUUAUCAGGUGGGUGGCGCAAGGCAUCUCUUUUAUCAGGUGGGUGGCGCAAGGCAUCUCUUUUAUCAGGUGGGUGGCGCAAGGCAUCGCUUUUAUCAGGUGGGUGGCGCAAGGCAUCGCUUUUAUCAGGUGGGUGGCGCAAGGCAUCGCUUUUAUCAGGUGGGUGGCGCAAGGCAUCUCUUUUAUCAGGUGGGUGGCGCAAGGCAUCUCUUUUAUCAGGUGGGUGGCGCAAGGCAUCUCUUUUAUCAGGUGGGUGGCGCAAGGCAUCUCUUUUAUCAGGUGGGUGGCGCAAGGCAUCUCUUUUAUCAGGUGGGUGGCGCAAGGCAUCUCUUUUAUCAGGUGGGUGGCGCAAGGCAUCGCUUUUAUCAGGUGGGUGGCGCAAGGCAUCUCUUUUAUCAGGUGGGUGGCGCAAGGCAUCUCUUUUAUCAGGUGGGUGGCGCAAGGCAUCUCUUUUAUCAGGUGGGUGGCGCAAGGCAUUCAACUACUUCACAUGGGGAAUCUUUUCAUUCCUUCUCAGCCUCAUUCCUAUCGGGUGGAUUAAAUUCAACUUCUCAACCUUCAUCCCAGCAGCGUUCACCGCCAUUGUCAUGUGCUCCAUGGUGCUGUGGGCGUACCAGCAGCUGUCAUGGGGCGCCUAUCUCACCAACGGUUGCCAGGCGUAUCAGCAGCUGUCAUGGGGCGCCUAUCUCACCAAGGGCCGCCGCCAGUUCGACUCGCUGCUCUCCGAAGCCGAGGCCUUCCGAGUGCGCCCCUCGGGUCUCCCCUUUGACUGGCACAUCGCCCCGGAAGCUUCCCGGAAGCGCAGCUCCUCGCGGAGAAGCCGGAGCGGGAGAGAGGGUGGGUCAAGCGAUGCUGCUUCCACGGCUUUUGCAGACGGUGAUGCUGGUCAGGAGUUGAAGCCUGGUUCGGGAUUGGAGAACACGGAUGGUAAGGCGCCCCGAACCUCGGCUUCUGGUUCGGGGAAUGGGAAUGUGAAGGCAUCAGAGGAUGGGGCUUCGGUUCUUGGGAGCAGUGGUGAGAAGGUUGGUCAAGGGCAAGGGGGUAAGAAAGUGGAGGAGGAGGGUGAGAGGGCAAGCUGA